UGACGUCACGAUCGAUAUAAGCGGCUGGUUAAAUCCCGUAUACUUGGUUCGUUUUUGGUGUUUAUUCCUGAAAAAAAUAUAGAUAAAAGUUGUUGGUUCCUUUUCGAAUAUGUCGUCGGGGGACUCACUGGCCCCGGGAGCGGGGGCCGCCACCAGCGGCGCCGACGGCGAAAUCGUAGGCGGGCCUCGGACCCCCCAGCAGGUCGCCGCCCAGCGGCGGCUCCAGCAGACCCAGGCGCAGGUCGACGAAGUCGUCGACAUUAUGAAAACUAAUGUAGAAAAAGUACUCGAAAGAGAUCAGAAAUUAUCUGAAUUAGACGAUAGAGCAGAUGCGUUACAACAGGGCGCUUCGCAAUUCGAACAGCAGGCUGGAAAACUAAAACGAAAAUUUUGGUUACAAAAUUUAAAGAUGAUGAUAAUUAUGGGUGUUAUCGGUCUUGUAAUAUUAAUAAUCAUAAUCAUGAAAUUCAUGCCGAACACCCCGGAGGCGGCGCAGCCCCCGGCGCCCGGCAUCUACCAGCAGCAGCUGCCGGCGGCGGGCCAGCCGGCGGGGCCGCCGGCGAGCGCGGGCGCCGCCCCCGCCACCGCCGGGGCGGCCCGCUAGAGGAGGCCCCCGGAGAGCCGGUCGAAUGGUCUAGGAUUAAGCCGGUCCGUUUUCUUCUGCGCGAAGCUUCGUUUUGGCCGGGGCGGGUUCCGUUUUCUAAUUAGUUAGAGUAUUUAAUGAAUUUAAUUAGUGUAAGUACACCGUGUUGAUACAACAAAUUGUAAUUUGCGGUAUUAGGGAUUGGGAGCUACGUCAACGUUGAAAAAUUUGGUUCACUUGAAAAAUCGUUAAUUUUGAUGUUUGUACAUACAUGGAUAAAUUUCUCCGGCACUUUUCAGAACGAAAUUUUAUACAUUAUGGAAUACUUAAGUGUAUGUUUAGCCCAAAUAGUGAAUUUUCAAUCCAUAUAACGAAAAACAAAGUCAAUAUAUAAUUUGUACAUAAAAAAUGUAUUUAUCGUUAAGAAGAAAAUGGACUCCGCGUUGUUCAUAAAUGCAAUGAAACUCUUGAAAAAAGCAUAUUAUAUUGUUAGUUAAAGCUCCAUGCAUCUUUUUAACAGACCUUAAGUAAAUAUAAACAGACCUAAAACCUGAUUUUUUAAUUAAAAACAACUCAAAAUGUAUGUCUCCUAUCGGAAUAAAAAAAAUUAAAUCAAACCCAAUUGCAACUCAAUUUAUUAUCAUAAUUAUAAUGUAAUUAUCUUCAAUUAAAAAGCAGGUUGAUGUAGAUAAUGUAAGUGGUGACGUAGACUAUUUGCUGGGUGGCAACCCUGAAUUUUAUUGCAAAUAUGACAGGUGACACUUGACAGGUAGUUUUUAAUUUGAUUUCACUUUACUUACUUUGUAGUAAAAUUCAGUACCAAUUAUUUUACCAUACCUAUACCCGCUUACACAGUCUAUUAAUUUAGAGAUAAUAAGUUGUUAUAUUGUGAAAACGUGUAAUUAAAAAAAAUAGAUAAAAUAUACCUAAAUGUACAUUGCCAAUUUGACAAUAUAAUCUCACAUUACUUAAAAUAUAUCAAUAAAACGAAUUAAUUUACUUACAAUUAGAAGGGAACAGCAAUAUUUACCUCAAAGGUUUGUUAUAAUAGAUGUUCUCACAAGUGAAUCUAAUCGUACGAUAAAUUUUACGAUAAACAUUGAACAAACCACGAUUUCAAUAACGAUCAAUACAACAUCACCACAGUUUGUGAGAUUAUAUCGUAGCUUCAAAAAAAUUUUAUUUCCACAUGUUAUAUCAUAAAAACGAGCGUAUCUAUUAAACUUUAUGUACUGAUCAUUUCAGAAAAUAAAGACGUGUUGUCUCAUU